AUGAAUUCCAGCCAGCCGGGGACCUGCCCAUGCCAGCAUGCCGCAGGGCGCCCAGCCAUUCUGUAUGCACUUUUGAGCCCCAGUCUCAGGGCCAGGCCUUCUGCGCCCCCAGCCCGUAGGCAUUGCCUCUGCAAGCAGCACCGGCCUGUCCAGCUGUGUGCUCCUCAUCGCACCUGCCGGGAGGCCUUGGACGUUCUGGCCAAGACAGUGGUCUUCCUCAGGAACCUGCCAUCCUUCUGCCAGCUGCCCCUCCAGGAUCAGCAGCAGCUGCUGCGGGACUGCUGGAGCUCUCUCUUCCUGAUUGGGUUGGCCCAAGACACUGUGACCUUCGAGGUGGCAGAGGCCCCUGUUCCCAGCAUACUCAAGAAGAUCUUGCUGGAGGAGCCCAGCAGCAGCACAGGCAGUGGCCAGCAGCCAGAUCUGCCUCGACCCUCGCUGGCUGCAGUGCAGUGGCUUCAGUGCUGCCUGGAGUCCUUCUGGAGCCUGGAGCUGAGCUCUAAAGAGUAUGCCUACCUGAAAGGGACCAUCCUCUUCAACCCUGACAUGCCAGGCCUCCAGGCCUCCACCCACAUCUGGCAUCUGCAGCAGGAAGCUCAUCGAGCACUCUGUGAGGUCCUGGAGCCCUGGUGUCCAGCAGGCCAAAGCCGUUUGGCCCGUGUCCUCCUCAUGGCCUCCACCCUCAAGUCCAUUCCUCCCAGCUUGCUUGGGGAUCUCUUCUUCCGCCCUAUCAUUGGAGAUGUUGACAUCGCCGGACUACUCGAAGACAUGCUUUUGCUGAGCCGACCUGCUCCAGCCCAAACAGAGAUCAGCUGUAGCCUGGGCAGAAGAUGGCUGCAAUGAUUUGGCCAGGUUGUCCCCAGGGGUGACCCAAUGCUCCCAGAGGAGGCAAGCCUGUACAGACCCUGGCCCAGCUAGAUGGACUGUAUGAAUCCUCACUCAGACACACCCCAUCUUGUCCUUCUUUGGUUUGGACAUCCUGCUCCAGCUGUGUGGCUGGCCCUUGGUA